UGGUCUAAUGUGAUUGACAGCUCUGCUUUUGCCGAAGUUAUCGUGGUCCGUCAUGGUGAAACAUCGUGGAAUGCCGAGAGAAGAAUUCAGGGACAUAUAGAUAUUGAAUUAAAUGAAGUUGGAAGGCAACAAGCAGCUUCAUUAGCUGAUCGGCUAUCCAAGGAGCCCAAAAUAUCUUGGGUAUAUUCUUCUGAUUUGAAGCGAGCUCUUGAGACAGCAGAGAUAAUUGCAACCAGAUGCGGCGGGCUUGAGGUUAUCAAAGACCCAGGCCUACGGGAAAGGUGUUUAGGGGACCUGGAAGGUGUUGCUUUCCAUGAAGCCAAACACAGUCCUGAGGCUUAUAAGGCACUUUUGUCUCACAGGACGGACCAAGAAAUCCCUGGUGGUGGAGAAAGUCUUGAUCAACUUUAUGAUCGCUGUACUUCUGUACUGGAGAAAAUUGGUAGAAAGUAUCAAGGAGAACGAGUUCUUGUGGUCACCCACGGCGGUGUCAUUCGAUCACUAUAUGAGCGAGCUUGCCCGAACGGAAAGUCUGCAGGGAAGAUUCGAAACGUGUCUGUGAACAUAUUUCACAUAUGUGAUGGAGACAAAUGGGUAUUAAAAACCUGGGGUGAUGUCAGUCAUCUUGGAGAAACAGGGUAUCUGGAGUCAGCUUUUGGGGGUGACAGAACAUCUGGAUAAUUCAUGCUAGUGAUGAGGACUGUGCUAGAGAUUAUGCCGGCCAAAUUUUACCUGCAACGAUCUUAGAUUUACUGAACAAAAACAUUACUUUUCAUUACUGUAUUAAGAUGGUUCAAAUCGAUUUAGAAUUUAGAGGUAGCGCCUCUUUGUUGUUCCACCAGGAUACAUGUCAUCGCAACACCAAUAUUGUUCGCGGACGACUCUAAUAAUUUAUGGAAAUCCUAAACUUAGCAUAUUUGGUUUUAA